CCAGGCGGGCAGGCGGCUCUCAGUGGCAGCGCCGACAUGGCUGCGCUGGUGGAGCCGCUGGGGCUGGAGCGCGAUGUAUCCCGGGCGGUGGAGCUCCUCGAGCGUCUCCAGCGCAGCGGGGAGCUGCCCCCGCAGAAGCUGCAGGCCCUCCAGCGUGUCCUGCAGAGCCGCUUCUGCUCUGCCAUCCGGGAGGUGUACGAGCAGCUCUAUGACACGCUGGACAUCACGGGCAGUGCUGAGAUCCGGGCCCACGCCACAGCCAAGGCCACAGUUGCUGCCUUCACGGCCAGUGAGGGUCAUGCACACCCCAGGGUAGUGGAGCUGCCCAAGACGGAUGAGGGCCUGGGCUUCAACAUCAUGGGGGGCAAGGAGCAGAACUCGCCCAUCUACAUCUCCCGAGUCAUUCCUGGAGGUGUGGCUGACCGCCACGGAGGCCUCAAGCGCGGGGACCAGCUGCUGUCUGUGAAUGGUGUGAGCGUGGAGGGUGAGCAGCACGAGAAGGCUGUGGAGCUGCUGAAGGCGGCCCAGGGCUCUGUGAAGCUGGUGGUGCGCUACACACCUCGAGUGCUGGAGGAGAUGGAGGCCCGCUUUGAGAAGAUGCGCUCUGCCCGCAGGCGCCAGCAGCACCAGAGCUACUCGUCCUUGGAGUCCAGAGGCUGAAACCAUAAAUCUGGACCCUCCUGCUCACCCGUCUCCUGUACAGUAUUUAUUGUCACCUGCUCCUUAUUUAAAGAUCUUUG